UCUCCUCGCCACGUGUCCCCCUAAACCCCUCUAUAAGUUCCCUCCUCUCCGUUGGUUUUCAAGUUUAAUAGCCUCUUGUUUCAUAUUAGUAAAAUCGCCAUAGUCACCCACCAAAGCUCAAGAGCAAGAAAAUUUUGACACAGGAGAGAGAGAGAGAGAAUGGCAGCGAAUUUGCUUUUGCCUCCUGGUUUCAGAUUUCACCCCACUGAUGACGAGCUGGUGAUGCACUAUUUGUGCCGGAAAUGCGCGUCUCAGCCGAUUGUUGUUCCGAUUAUCGCCGAAAUUGAUCUCUAUAAGUACGACCCUUGGGAUCUCCCAGGUUUGGCAUUAUAUGGAGAGAAGGAGUGGUACUUCUUUUCGCCGAGGGACCGGAAGUAUCCAAAUGGUUCGAGACCGAACCGGGCCGCCGGGAGCGGAUAUUGGAAGGCAACCGGAGCUGAUAAGCCGAUCGGAAAUCCGAAAGCAGUGGGAAUUAAGAAGGCUUUGGUGUUUUAUGCCGGAAAAGCUCCGAGGGGAGAGAAGACUAAUUGGAUUAUGCAUGAGUACAGGCUCGCCGAUGUGGAUCGAUCUGCCCGGAAGAAGAACAACAGCUUAAGGCUGGAUGACUGGGUCCUGUGCCGGAUAUACAACAAAAAGGGUUCCGUAGAGAAGCAACACGUCGGCAGUCGGAAAGUUAGCGACGACUUGCUGGAAAUCGACGAAAAGAAGCCGGAAAUCCUGACGCACGCGCCGUCGAAUCAACCGACGGUGUACAGCGAUUAUAUGUACCUCGGCCCAUCGGAUUCGGUCCCGAGGUUGCAUACGGACUCGAGCUGCUCCGAACAGGUGGUGUCGCCGGAGUUCACGUGCGAUAAAGAGGUGCAGAGUGAGUCGAAGCUGAACGAAUGGGAGAAGAAUGUCCUAGAUUUUCCGUUUAAUUACGUGGAUGCCUCUAUAGACAUUGCUCCUCCGUUCCAGAAUAAUUAUCAGAUGUCGCCGUUGCAGGAUAUGUUCAUGUACAUUCAGAAGCCAUUUUGAAGAGGGGACCACACACGUGUAGAUGGGGACGCUCACAUUCUUAAGUCGGUGUGUCGCGGAGCACAUGAGACAGAGCUGCUGCUGCUGGUGGCUUAAGUCGGUGAAUGUGCAAGUGCGAGGAUGGGUCAGAGAAUUUGGGGGGGGUUUGAUUCGAUGGUAAAUGAUACAUAUUUAUUUGGGGGAGGGUGUGAUUAAUUGGACGGUAUAUGAUGAUGCAUAUUUAGAACUUGUUGUACGGUUACAUUGUAAAUAAGUUGAAUUAAAUGCAGACCCUUUUGACAUAAUUGGGCUUUAUUAGAACUUGUUGGUGUUGAUAUUGGAAAUUAUUUGAUGUGCGGGUUGAUGUCAAAAUAAAACACUGGUUUGAUUUAGUUGUACAAGCGACAUUUAUGACUUGACCCGAUUUGUAUGAGUAAUUUGUAAGUUGUGUAUUAUUUUAUUAGAGAUGAUUGUUUUGUCACGG